AUGGACGCACAGAACUUAGCGAAUGCACAGCAACCUGGACAACCAAACCCAGAGAAUAUUCCAAAUGAAGUUAGAAUACAAACUGCAAUGGCAAACUAUGGUCAAGUGCCAACAGAUGUACAAAUGCAAACUGCCAUGUCAAAUGACGCUGCGUUAGGUUUGCCACCAUGGUAUGCAAAUAUGAGAUGGAAAGAGUUUUAUACAAACCCUGAAGUGGGAUAUAAACAACUUUAUGCAGAUGACGCGAACACAGGAGUUGACCCAGAAUAUGUUUUCUACCAGAGGAGAAACAGAAUGUAUGAGCUCCAGUUAAAGAAUGCUAUGGAACUCAACAGGAAACGUAAGAGACUAGGCGGACAUUUGAUUUUUACUACUAGUAAAAUGGGUUUCUUCAGUAGUAUUGGAAACUUCUUCAGAAGAGUUGGAAGAGGUAUAUGGAAUGGAAUAAAAUCUGUCGGAAAAGGAAUUUGGAACGGUGUCAAAAAUAUUGGUAAAAGAGUAGGUCAGUUUGUUGGUAUUAUACCUAAAGACCCUGAACCAGAAGAACAAGCUCCUGUUAUACAACAGCCUGAACCUGCACCACAGUCUAGUUGGCAACCAAAUCCAACACCUCAACCGUAUUAA